ACCAGAUUUGUAUGUAGAAAUGAUGUAUUUUUAUUGUUUUGAGGAAAUAAAACUGUAAAUUGAAAAACAAUGUGGUGCUGUUUAAAUUGCAAGAACAUAAUGUUGAAAUAACAGCCUAUUCUCAUACAAUUUUUGGCUAAAAUUAUUGUCAGAGAAGCUUUAGGCCUAUAACAUUAGUGAAUUAGUGUUGAGAUUGCGAAUGGAAAAAGCCACUCUGGAACCAGUCAAAUGGAUCUGGAAGAGGACUUUUACUUUGAACUCAUUGGAAUUUCUCAUGGAUUUCUCAUACAACACAACGCUAAUCUUAUAUCGCUCCGCCCAUUUGCCGGCGUCUGUUAUUCAGUGGUGUGCUUCAACGUCAUCCACCCAUCUAUUCCUACACAAUUCCUUGCAUAUUUGUGCUCUACACUCCAGUUCAGUAGGUGGCGCCAGUGCACCAUUAGUUGGUUUUCCAACCGCCAUAAAACAUCAGAAGAAGUCGUCGUCCGCACAUCAGAAUGUUCGCGCACGUUGUCCUGUCGGUUGCGGAUGCUGAACACUGUCGUCAAAGAGAAUCUGUAAUUUAGUCAAAAGAAACAAUGUGUCUUUUUGUAAUUUCACAUUAAAGGUUUUUCACGUUACACUUGAAGAGCGGGUGUCUAUAAACCCUGUGUUUUUGCAUUUCGUGUAGAUUUUUUCAUUAUCCGUCUUUCCUGCCAUUUUAGGUUAAAAAGUUUACUUAGCUGGUUAAGUCGAGAAGAUACGUUUUAGUAAAAAGAAACAACGUGUUUUUACUUAUUUCCCUAAUUAAUAGGUGGGCAACCGUUUAAUUUGUUGCUGCAUUUACUGCUGGCUGCUAGCUAAUGGCCAUUUUUUACACGUGUUUUAAGCUCCCCACGUGGACUUGGCCCAACAUGCUUGCGUAGUCUAACGUUACAGAUGUGGUAGCAUCAGUUAAACAUUGUGGUUUUAAGAAGUUAGUUUUGAAAAUGAUUGAUUGUCGUUUUUGCGGCAGAACAUUGCAAACGUUGAGGGGUUAUGUGUUGCACUGUAGGAUUCACAGAAACGAACCACGCUGUGUUUUUAAGUGUGAGAGCACUGAUUGCAGGCAGACAUUUUGCACAUAUGCAGCAUUUAAGGGUCACUUUUAUCGAAAGCACAAUGUGUCAGCACCGUUUGUUAGUGCUAACACUGGCACAGCCAUCGUAUCAAAUUUUAUUUGCGCCAUGUCGCUGUGUUCAGACCGAUUUCAGACCGUGCAGGAACUUCUUGUACACUUAAAAAGACAUUUAGUGGAGGGAAGAUCUGUGACAUGUCCAGUGGCCGGUUGUCAAAGCACAUUUACUUUGAAGUCAUCAUUUACUGCUCAUUUGUCUAGGAAACAUCCACAAUGUUCAGUUAAUAACAUAAAUGUUAUUUACAGAGAAAUCGCACCGCAGUGCUCUGCCACUGCUUGUGAAGAGGCUUCCCAGACUUUAGAUGGUCCAGCAGAAGAAGGUGCUUCCCAGACUUUAGAUGGUCCAGCAGAAGAAGGUACUGAAUUGCCACCAAAUUUCAAUGAAACAUUUCUUAGGAAUGUUUGCUUGUUCUAUCUAAAACUGCAAGGGCAGCUCCUACUUCCAGCUUCAACAAUACAAAUAAUUGUUGAAGAGAUGCAAAAUGUACAUGAAUUAGGCCUUGAUUACACGUUGAGCAAAUUACACUCACUCUUGAAAGAUGAGUUAAAUCUAUCUGAUGAUGUAAUGGGAAAAGUAUGUGAUUGUAUUAAGGAUUCUGAUCUGUUCUCUUCAUCUCACAAAGGCCCACUGAGAACAACCUAUGCAAGGACUCAGACAUUCAAAUGCACGUUUAAAUAUGUAGAGCCCAAAGUAGUUAGAUUAGGAUAUGAUGAAAAUAUGAGCCAAAGGCUUGCUUAUUACAUACCUGUGAAGCAAACAUUGAUUAACUUACUAGAAUCAGAAUUUUGGAAGAAUUCAGUGUUGCAACAGUCGAAUGAAACAGAUGCAUGUGUUCUUAGUGACAUUUCUGACGGACAAGCCUUCAAGUCAAACCAGUUCUUCAUUGCAAACCCAGGAGGCCUGCAACUUAUUUUAUACCAAGACGCAUUUGAAGUAGUCAAUCCUCUCGGCUCAGCAAAAAAGACCCACAAAGUUGUUGCUGUUUAUCUUUCGGUGGCAAAUUUGCCUGUUCAUGUGCGGUCUGACACGGAUCAUAUGUCCCUAGUCUUGCUGUGUGGAGAGAAUGACCUAAAACAAUUUGGAUGUGCUAAAGUUUUUGCUGACAUGCUAUUAGAUCUGAAAGAUUUUGAAGAAAAUGGAGUCACUGCAGGAGGGGAAACAGUCCAAGGGGCUUUGUACUGUAUUGCAGGGGAUAAUUUAGGGUCACAUGGCAUUGGUGGGUUUACUGAAAACUUUAGUCAUUCUCAAUAUUUUUGCAGGUAUUGUCCCUGA